GGCCAGCCGUGACUUUUCGCUAUUCCCUCAUUGGAUUGUGAAUUCAUCAGAGCUGAUCCUCCCUGAAGAAAAGUGAACGCCUCAAUAGUUCACGCGUGUCAAGGCGCAGCUCGGUCGCGGAUAAACGGAUCCAGGCGCAGCUUUCGUUAAAUAGCCUGACACCGACAGUGGAGCUCUGUACAGAUAACAUCUAGGAGCUUUCAUUUAUUUCCUCCUUUGGUGUGCUACCUGAGGUGGAUGUAUCGCCAGGUGCUCGUGCUCGCGGUGUUUACCGCUUUUCUAUGCGGUUUUCCAGCAUCAUGCGCUCGUAAUGUAAAUUACAGACCAAUCAUCGGAAUCUUAGCCCAGGAAAACAUAAAGGACGACCCUCAUGCACAGGGCUCUUCUUAUAUAGCUGCGUCAUAUGUGAAACACUUGGAGUCAGCUGGUGCCAGGGUUGUACCAAUUCACAUAAAUCGCACAGAGGAGGAGUAUGAAAAACUGUUCAAUGCAAUAAAUGGUUUGCUGCUUCCUGGUGGGAAUGUGGACAUCGAAAAGUCUCAGUUUACCAGAGCGGCAAGGAUUUUCUAUGAACUUGCAAUAAAGGCUAAUGAUGCUUCGGAUUAUUUUCCGAUCUGGGGCACCUGCCAGGGCUUCCAGCAGCUCACGGUUCUGACCAGCAACAAGAACUUGUUGACCUUGACUGACACCAAAGCAGUCGCACUGCCGCUGACCUUCAGCCCAGGAGCUCAAAACAGCAGGUUGUUUAAAAAGUUUCCAAAGGAUGUUCUUCAGUCUCUGUCAGAAGAGAACAUCACGUCUAAUUUCCACAGCUGGAGCUUGUCCAUACAGAAUUACAGUAGCAAUGCCAAGCUUAAGCGUUUUUAUCGAGUCCUGACAACAAACACAGAUGGCAAGAAGGAGUUCAUUUCCACCAUGGAGGCAUAUCAAUAUCCCUUCUAUGCUGUUCAAUGGCAUCCAGAGAAAAGCCCAUUUGAGUGGAUUGAGAAAGAUGGUAUGGUGCACACGCUCUCAGCCAUCAAAGCCACUUUCUACACUGCCCACUACUUUGUUUUCUGAAAGCAAUGAAAAACCCAUCAUCAGUUUUCUUCGCAAAGUGAAGAAGAAAAAGCUCUGAUUUACAACUAUCAGCCUGUCUUCAAAGGCAUGAACAGCAUCUUUCUUCAAAACUACUACUUCGAUUGAGUGUUCACAGUAUUCAUCGUGGCAGAAAAAUUAUUUAUUUUAUUUUUUUAAAGUAUUGCUUUUAUUUCUUUCCUCAAAGUUUGCCCAAACUUGAUGUUUGGAAUGAAUAAUUGUAACAUUCAUGAUUCUGACUCACUUACGUAGCUCUUGAUUGUAUAUGUGAAGUGUUCUAGAAUCAUCAUAACCGAAUGUAUUGUUACAGUUAUAUCAAUUUCAGAAGUCAUAUUAUAUAAUAUGUAUCUUCUAGUGCCAUUGUUCAGAAGUUAAACAAUGUUAUAUUUCACAGGGUUCAGUAGCAUGACCAAUGCAAUGUUAAAAUGUAAAAUAAAAUGAAAUAUAGAUUUAAACUUUAAACUGGAAAACAAACCUAAAUAUUUUAAAUGUACAUGGUAAUUCAUUCACUACCCAGUAGGGGCAGUCCAAACUUCAUGGUACGUUUAAAAAGGGUCGGACAAGACUUCUCAAAACAUUUAUUUAGCUUUUUUUUUAAGAGGUGGGAUAACACAAAAUUACCAGAAAACAACGAGAUCUAAAUCUCCUUACAAUCAGAUACAUAAAGCAGUUUGAGGUACAAAAUCAAAAUGGAAAAAGUGCAAAUUUGCUAAUAGCUCUCGUACCAGGACACUAAAGGUACAAAACAGAAGCGUUCAACAGCGUUCUACACUGGCGUCAAACUCUCCUACGUCAAGGCUUUAUAAACAAAAAAUAAUGCAUGUACGUUAUAUAGAGCGUUCUGGAGUACUAACCAUUUAAAUCUGUUAAACAUGAACGGUUCACGUUUGCUAAAGUGUGUACAAUCAGUUGAGCCCUGACAUGUGCAUAGACUUAUACUACAGUGUUUCAUGCACUUGAAAUGAAUAAAGAAAAUACUUUCUAUGG